AACGCUCUAACCACUAGGCUACCUGCCACCCCCUGGCCCACUACCACCACCCCCUGGCCCACUACAACCACCCCCUGGCCCAACGCUCUAACCACUAGGCUACCUGCCACCCCCUGGCCCACUACCACCACCCCCUGGCCCACUACAACCACCACCACCCCGCCCACUACCACCACCAGGCCCACUACCACCACCCCCUGGCCCACUACAACCACCCCCUGGCCCACUACCACCACCAACACCCCGCCCACUACCACCACCAGGCCCACUACAACCACCCCCUGGCCCACUACCACCACCAACACCCCGCCCACUACCACCACCAGGCCCACUACCACCACCCCCUGGCCCACUACAACCACCCCCUGGCCCACUACCACCACCAACACCCCGCCCACUACCACCACCAGGCCCACUACAACCACCCCCUGGCCCACUACCACCACCAACACCCCGCCCACUACCACCCCCUGGCCCACUACCACCACCCCCUGGCCCACUACCACCCCCUGGCCCACUACAACCACCACCCCCUGGCCCACUACAACCACCACCCCCUGGCCCACUACAACCACCACCCCAUGGCCCACUACUACCACCACCCCCUGGCCCACUACUACCACCACCCCAUGGCCCACUACUACCACCACCCCCUGGCCCACUACUACCACCACCCCUGGCCCACUACUACCACCACCCCAUGGCCCACUACUACCACCACCCCUGGCCCACUACUACCACCACCCCCUGGCCCACUACUACCAUCACCCCCUGGCCCACUACUACCACCACCCCCUGGCCCACUACAACCACCACCCCCUGGCCCACUACCACCACCACUAGGCCCACUACCACCACCACCAGGCCCACUACCACCACCACCUGGACCACCACCACCCCAGGAAGCCUGUAUCCCUCCACUGCUCCCCUCAGCAAACUCCCUCUGCAGUUCUCUCUUCUGGUGGACUCUAGUGUUCCGUCCUGCGAUGAGGGUAUGUACCUGCCCAGGUUCGUGCAGCCGACACCACACAACGGAGAACAUCUCCACGCCGAGGUCAACAAAGAGCUGGAGUUCAGGGUCAAGGCCGAGGCUACACACUCAACGAUUAAUGAUGUCAUUGUCAGUGGACCUCUGAACAUCACCAAUCACAUGACUACCCAGGGGGAGUUUGUCAUCCGGUGGACACCCAUCCGGGACAAUCUGGGGGAGUAUUUCCCCAUUUGCUUCAUCACUGAGGGGCUUUCUGGAUCUAGUGUCUAUCAAUCUGAGAUGAGGUGUGUUGUGGUGGAGGUCGGACGCAGAAAGGUCAAAGCCAAGGUGGUGUGUGACGAGACCAAGAUGACGGUAGAAGUGGAGAAGUCCUCUGUUACUGAAAUUCACGAGGACCACCUCCGCCUCAACGAUCCCAGUAACUCUGCCUGCGACCUGCAACGCCUCUCUAACAGCACCCACAUCAUUGGAGUCAUCCCCCUCAAUGCCUGUGGCACUCAGAUAGAGGAGGACGACGACAACCUCAUCUUCAAGAACCAAAUCACCACCUUCGACAACCCCAACGACAUCAUCACCAGGCACCACCAGGUGGAGUUUCAGUUCUACUGCCAGUACGCCAAACGUGGCAACGUGUCCCUGGGCUUCACUGCACACAGGGACAGCAUCACGGUGCUGGAGAAAGGCUUCGGCACGUUCACCUAUCAGUUCGAGUUCUACCAGACCAGCCAGUUCGCCAACAUGGUGGAUCCCCGUGACUACCCGAUAGACGUGGAGGUGAAGCAGAUGAUCUACAUGGACAUCGAGGCCGUGUCCACUGUGAACAACACUGAGCUCUUCGUGGAGUCCUGCAGAGCGGCGCCGUACGACAACCCCGACUACCAUCCCACCUACCCCAUCAUAGAAAACGGGUGCAUUGUGGACGAGACGGUUCAAAUCUUCUCACCGCGUCACCAGAGGCAUUUCCAGUUCGGAAUGGAAGCUUUCAAAUUCAUCGGAAUGCAUGACCAGGUGUACAUCAGCUGUUCAGUGAUCCUGUGUGAGGCUGGGAACCCCAACACCCGGUGUGCCCAGGGCUGCGUCAACUCCACCUCCCCCCAGCCUGCUGGUCACCACCACCACCACCGCAAGAGAGAGGCCGCCAUGCAAACGGCCAAACGCCACAUCUCCCAGGGUCCUUUGCGCCUGAGAAAGAGUUCAGAGAGCUCAGUGACCAACGUGAACAUGGGGUUGAUGGUUGGGUGUAUCGUAGCAGCCGUUGCCAUGCUGUGCGGAGUGAUGCUCUACAAGUCCAAAACAUCAGGCGUUAAAUACCAGCCCCUGACAACAUUUGAGACUUAGUCCCAUGGCAGCCAUCCUUUCACAUAUAGUCUGCAUUAUAGAAAGAAGGAUGGUGGGAAAUAUUGAACAUUUGAAAAGUGGUCUCUGACUUUAACGAUGAAAUGUCUCUUGAGAUCAAUACAAGAAUACGCAUUAAUCCGUAAACGUACUUAGCGAUGACUCCGAUUAUAACAAUGUGUCUUGGCUGACCAGGUAAAAAGUUCUUAAUAGCCACUCGAGCACCAGUAGGAUUGCAGGUGUUCAUAUAUCACAGGAAGCUGCUGAGGGGAGCACAGCUUAUAAUGUCUGGAAUGGAGAGAAUUGAGUGAAUGGUAUUUGAUUCCACUCUACUCGUUUCACUCCAGCCAUUACCAUGGUCCCGUGAUCCCCAAUUAAGGUGCCACCAACCUCCUGUGAUGUGUAUAUAUAUAUAUAUUUACUGUAGCCUGUCCUAUACACAUUUGACCCAUAUAGUGCCCUCUAGUGUACAAAUUAAAUGUUAUAUACAAAGACAGAACAGCUAAAAACCACACAACAUCUGUAGAGGUUUGGCCCAAAUGUCUCCUACAACUUGUUUGACCAGUUUAACUCCUGCUUCUUCCUACUGUCUGUAUUAUGAAUUGAAUAACAUUCUGCAUGAUCCAACAUGGCUGCCCUGUUACAUGUGGUCAUCAGUGGAGCAGAAGUGAUUUUAUUAAUGUCCUGCAUGAGCCAACAUGGCUGCCCUGUUACAUGUGGUCAUCAGUGGAGCAGAAGUGCUUUGAUUAACAUCCUGCAUGAUCCAACAUGGCUGCCCUGUUACAUGUGGUCAUCAGUGGAGCAGAAGUGCUUUGAUUCACAUUCUGCAUGAUCCAACAUGGCUGCCCUGUUACAUCAUCAGUGGAGCAGAAGUGCUUUGAUUAACAUCCUGCAUGAGCCAACAUGGCUGCCCUGUUACAUCAUCAGUGGAGCAGAAGUGCUUUGAUUAACAUCCUGCAUGAUCCAACAUGGCUGCCCUGUUACAUGUGGCCAUCAGUGGAGCAGGAGUACUUUGAUUAACAUCCUGCAUGAUCCAACAUGGCUGCCCUGUUACAUGUGGUCAUCAGUGGAGCAGAAGUGCUUUGAUUAACAUCCUGCAUGAUCCAACAUGUCUGCCCUGUAACAUGUGGUCAUCAGUGGAGCAGAAGUGUUUUGAUUAACAUCCUGCAUGAUCCAACAUGGCUGCCCUGUUACAUGUGGUCAUCAGUGGAGCAGGAGUGCUUUGAUUCACAUUCUGCAUGAGCCAACAUGGCUGCCCUGUUACAUGUGGUCAUCAGUGGAGCAGGAGUGCUUUGAUUAACAUUCUGCAUGAGCCAACAUGGCUGCCCUGUUACAUGUGGUCAUUAGUGGAGCAGAGGUGCUUUGAUUCACAUUCUGCAUGAUCCAACAUGGCUGCCCUGUUACAUGUGGUCAUCAGUGGAGCAGAAGUGUUUUUAUUAACAUCCUGCAUGAGCCAACAUGGCUGCCCUGUUACAUGUGGUCAUCAGUGGAGCAGAAGUGUUUUUAUUAAUGUCCUGCAUGAUCCAACAUGGCUGCCCUGUUACAUGUGGUCAUCAGUGGAGCAGGAGUCCUUUGAUUAACAUCCUGCAUGAUCCAACAUGGCUGCCCUGUUACAUGUGGUCAUCAGUGGAGCAGAAGUGUUUUUAUUAACAUCCUGCAUGAGCCAACAUGGCUGCCCUGUUACAUCAUCAGUGGAGCAGAAGUGCUUUGAUUAACAUCCUGCAUGAGCCAACAUGGCUGCCCUGUUACAUCAUCAGUGGAGCAGAAGUGCUUUGAUUAACAUCCUGCAUGAUCCAACAUGGCUGCCCUGUUACAUGUGGUCAUCAGUGGAGCAGAAGUGCUUUGAUUAACAUCCUGCAUGAUCCAAGAUGGCUGCCCUGUUACAUGUGGUCAUCAGUGGAGCAGAAGUGCUUUGAUUAACAUCCUGCAUGAUCCAACAUGGCUGCCCUGUUACAUGUGGUCAUCAGUGGAGCAGAAGUGCUUUGAUUCACAUUCUGCAUGAUCCAACAUGGCUGCCCUGUUACAUGUGGUCAUCAGUGGAGCAGAAGUGCUUUUGAUUAACAUCCUGCAUGAGCCAACAUGGCUGCCCUGUUACAUGUGGUCAUCAGUGGAGCAGAAGUGUUUUGAUUAACAUCCUGCAUGAUCCAACAUGGCUGCCCUGUUACAUGUGGUCAUCAGUGGAGCAGAAGUGUUUUUAUUAACAUCCUGCAUGAGCCAACAUGGCUGCCCUGUUACAUGUGGUCAUCAGUGGAGCAGAAGUGCUUUGAUUAACAUCCUGCAUGAUCCAACAUGGCUGCCCUGUUACAUGUGGUCAUCAGUGGAGCAGAAGUGCUUUGAUUCACAUUCUGCAUGAUCCAACAUGGCUGCCCUGUUACAUGUGGUCAUCAGUGGAGCAGAAGUGUUUUUAUUAAUGUCCUGCAUGAUCCAACAUGGCUGCCCUGUUACAUGUGGUCAUCAGUGGAGCAGGAGUCCUUUGAUUAACAUCCUGCAUGAUCCAACAUGGCUGCCCUGUUACAUGUGGUCAUCAGUGGAGCAGAAGUGUUUUUAUUAACAUCCUGCAUGAGCCAACAUGGCUGCCCUGUUACAUCAUCAGUGGAUCAGAAGUGCUUUGAUUAACAUCCUGCAUGAGCCAACAUGGCUGCCCUGUUACAUCAUCAGUGGAGCAGAAGUGUUUUGAUUAACAUCCUGCAUGAUCCAACAUGGCUGCCCUGUUACAUGUGGUCAUCAGUGGAGCAGAAGUGCUUUGAUUAACAUCCUGCAUGAUCCAAGAUGGCUGCCCUGUUACAUGUGGUCAUCAGUGGAGCAGAAGUGUUUUGAUUAACAUCCUGCAUGAGCCAACAUGGCUGCCCUGUUACAUCAUCAGUGGAGCAGAAGUGCUUUGAUUAACAUCCUGCAUGAGCCAACAUGGCUGCCCUGUUACAUCAUCAGUGGAGCAGAAGUGCUUUGAUUAACAUCCUGCAUGAGCCAACAUGGCUGCCCUGUUACAUGUGGUCAUCAGUGGAGCAGAAGUGUUUUUAUUAAUGUCCUGCAUGAGCCAACAUGGCUGCCCUGUUACAUGUGGUCAUCAGUGGAGCAGAAGUGCUUUUAUUAAUGUCCUGCAUGAGCCAACAUGGCUGCCCUGUUACAUGUGGUCAUCAGUGGAGCAGAAGUCCUUUGAUUAACGUCCUGCAUGAGCCAACAUGGCUGCCCUGUUACAUGUGGUCAUCAGUGGAGCAGGAGUCCUUUGAUUAACAUCCUGCAUGAGCCAACAUGGCUGCCCUGUUACAUGUGGUCAUCAGUGGAGCAGAAGUGCUUUGAUUCACAUUCUGCAUGAUCCAACAUGGCUGCCCUGUUACAUGUGGUCAUCAGUGGAGCAGAAGUGCUUUGAUUAACAUCCUGCAUGAUCCAACAUGGCUGCCCUGUUACAUGUGGUCAUCAGUGGAGCAGAAGUGCUUUGAUUAACAUCCUGCAUGAUCCAACAUGGCUGCCCUGUUACAUGUGGUCAUCAGUGGAGCAGAAGUGUUUUUAUUAACAUCCUGCAUGAUCCAACAUGGCUGCCCUGUUACAUGUGGUCAUCAGUGGAGCAGAAGUGCUUUGAUUAACAUCCUGCAUGAUCCAACAUGGCUGCCCUGUUACAUGUGGUCAUCAGUGGAGCAGAAGUGCUUUGAUUCACAUUCUGCAUGAUCCAACAUGGCUGCCCUGUUACAUGUGGUCAUCAGUGGAGCAGAAGUGUUUUUAUUAAUGUCCUGCAUGAUCCAACAUGGCUGUCCUGUUACAUGUGGUCAUCAGUGGAGCAGAAGUGUUUUUAUUAAUGUCCUGCAUGAUCCAACAUGGCUGCCCUGUUACAUGUGGUCAUCAGUGGAGCAGGAGUGCUUUGAUUAACAUCCUGCAUGAUCCAACAUGGCUGCCCUGUUACAUGUGGUCAUCAGUGGAGCAGAAGUGUUUUUAUUAACAUCCUGCAUGAGCCAACAUGGCUGCCCUGUUACAUCAUCAGUGGAUCAGAAGUGCUUUGAUUAACAUCCUGCAUGAGCCAACAUGGCUGCCCUGUUACAUCAUCAGUGGAGCAGAAGUGUUUUGAUUAACAUCCUGCAUGAUCCAACAUGGCUGCCCUGUUACAUGUGGUCAUCAGUGGAGCAGAAGUGCUUUGAUUAACAUCCUGCAUGAUCCAAGAUGGCUGCCCUGUUACAUGUGGUCAUCAGUGGAGCAGAAGUGUUUUGAUUAACAUCCUGCAUGAGCCAACAUGGCUGCCCUGUUACAUCAUCAGUGGAGCAGAAGUGCUUUGAUUAACAUCCUGCAUGAGCCAACAUGGCUGCCCUGUUACAUCAUCAGUGGAGCAGAAGUGCUUUGAUUAACAUCCUGCAUGAGCCAACAUGGCUGCCCUGUUACAUGUGGUCAUCAGUGGAGCAGAAGUGUUUUUAUUAAUGUCCUGCAUGAGCCAACAUGGCUGCCCUGUUACAUGUGGUCAUCAGUGGAGCAGAAGUGCUUUUAUUAAUGUCCUGCAUGAGCCAACAUGGCUGCCCUGUUACAUGUGGUCAUCAGUGGAGCAGAAGUCCUUUGAUUAACAUCCUGCAUGAGCCAACAUGGCUGCCCUGUUACAUGUGGUCAUCAGUGGAGCAGGAGUCCUUUGAUUAACAUCCUGCAUGAGCCAACAUGGCUGCCCUGUUACAUGUGGUCAUCAGUGGAGCAGAAGUGCUUUGAUUAACAUCCUGCAUGAGCCAACAUGGCUGCCCUGUUACAUGUGGUCAUCAAUGGAGCAGGAGUCCUUUGAUUAACAUCUUGCAUGAGCCAACAUGGCUGCCCUGUUACAUGUGGUCAUCAAUGGAGCAGAGUCCUUUGAUUAACAUCCUGCAUGAGCCAACAUGGCUGCCCUGUUACAUGUGGUCAUCAAUGGAGCAGGAGUCCUUUGAUUAACAUCCUGCAUGAGCCAACAUGGCUGCCCUGUUACAUGUGGUCAUCAAUGGAGCAGGAGUCCUUUGAUUAACAUCCUGCAUGAGCCAACAUGGCUGCCCUGUUACAUGUGGUCAUCAAUGGAGCAGGAGUCCUUUGAUUAACAUCUUGCAUGAGCCAACAUGGCUGCCCUGUUACAUGUGGUCAUCAGUGGAGCAGAAGUGUUUUUAUUAACAUCCUGCAUGAUCCAACAUGGCUGCCCUGUUACAUGUGGUCAUCAAUGGAGCAGGAGUCCUUUGAUUAACAUUCUGCUUAGGAAAUGUAGACCUAUAGGCCAAAUGCAAAUAAAUGAUUUAUAGAUGUUUUUUAAAUGAGUAAAUUCCUUGUUGUUUACACAAUUCAUCUUGUUUAAUCCAUGUUUACUGGAGUAAAACUCAACUGUAAAUAAGUUGACAUCAGUGGAUGUUUCUGAGGGGAGGACGGCUCAUAAUAAUGUCUGGAACGGAGCGAAUGGAAUGGCAUUAAACGCAGGGAAUCCAUGGAAACCAUGUGUUUGAUGUAUUUGACACCAUUCCAUCCUUUUCCUCUCCAGACAUUAUCAAUUACUUGUCCUCCCCAAUUAAAGUGCCACCAACCUUCUGUGGUUGACACAGUUCAGUGAUGAAUACAAGUGGGUCAUUCUUGGGCUGGGGUAAUAUUUCAGUCCCUUUGACUUUUUAUAUUACAUUUCAAGUAUUGGGUCACCGAAAUGAAACGUUAACAGAUUUUGUAUAAACAUUGAAAUGUCCAGUAUAAUGAAUUGAAAUAAAUAUAGUAUUAAUUUAAACCUUAUUAUAAAAAAAAAAAAUCGUAUUUUUUAACUGACACUAAGAAUUGUGUCAUGUCCCCCAGGCGUUUGACAUCAUUUUUAUUUGGGAAAUUAAUAUGAAAAUGUGCACAUAAUUAACAACUUCUUCCAUUAAUGUAAACAGAUGUGUGUUGUUUUGUUGAGGAUGUAUUUUUAUCAAAUAAAUACAUGAUUAUUGAUUAAAAUGACACAA